CAAAAAUCAAAUUCCUUCAUUUCCACGAGUGUGUGGCGCGACCCAUGUUAGUAAAUAAAUCAUCAAUUUCCGUCUCUAGGCAAAACGAUUCCUUGCAGGAGUGAGUUUGCUCCCCUGCAUACUGCAAAUGGACCCUAAUUAAAUUAAAUCUAAGCUCGUUUGAAACCUGACAUAACAAAUCAUCCCCCAUCAAGUCACAACCAUGGGCAUGGGUUCGUUUUGCUCUUGCUGGAAUAUGCAUCCUAGAACCAUUUCUUUGCUUCUCGUCGGCUUGGACAAUGCUGGAAAAACAACAGCCAUAAAAGGACUGGCUGGUGAGCCCACCGAUCACACAGUGCCAACGAUUGGUUUCUCUUGCACUGUAAUUCAAGCAAAAAGAAGCCAAGUAAAAGUUUACGAUCUAGGAGGUUUACCAAACAUUCGAGGAAUCUGGGACAAAUACUUUGCAGACGUGCAUGGGGUUAUUUAUGUGGUGGAUGCUAGUCAGAUUGAUCGCCUCGAGGAAAGCAAAGCUGAACUCGAAAAACUGAUCUCGCAUGAGAAAAUUAAAGGAAAACCUGUGUUGCUACUGGCUAACAAGCAAGAUUUGCCUGGAGCUUUGGACGAACUCGACCUGGUUGACCGACUCAACCUGGAAUAUCUUGUCAACGCCUACAAGUGUCCGACCACGGUAGAAACCUGUGCAGCCAUCCUGAGUCCGGACCCAGCUGUGCAGAGCGGAUUCAACUGGUUGGUUGAUGCGAUCAUCAAAGAUUUCACUGUCCUGGACUCAAGGGUCAGUGCUGACGUGGCGGCCCAGCAGGCUGAGCAGGCAAGACUGAGGUUGGAGAGGCAAGAGAGGGUGGAGAAGCUGAGGAGAGAACGUGGGGCUGCAGAAGAAGAUACUGCCGAAGACAAAGGGUUUGACGUCAGUCCAUUCCGUCCCAUUGAAGACAUAGUGUCCGACAUCAAUGGGGGACCAAAAAUGAUUUUGGUUCAGCAAUCGCCUCCUCCGUCAGGCACCCCAAAGAAGGAAGAGCAGCCCCUCAUCACAAGUACAAAUCCAGAAGUUGAAAUUCCUGCUGUUGAGGAGACAAAGAAGAGGAGCUUCCUUCCCCUGCGCAGUAACAAAACUGCCCCUGCUGCUGAAGGAAGCCCCGUUCGGAAGCAGACGACCUCGCUUCCACCUAUCAAACAAAAGUCCCCCGUUCCUGGUGAACCUUCAGUGCCCUGGAUCAAACCAGUUCUCUCCGCCAAUGGAGAACGCAAUGGAAGUGCAGGAAGAGACAAUGCAUGGGACUUGGAUCAGUCGCUGGACGUGAUUCAACUGGCUGACGUGAAAAAUGGAACAUCAAAACACAAAGUCACAGAACUGCAUAGACCAAAGUUUCAUAAUGGUCAUUAAAAGUAAUGACACAAAAUUUUAUACUUAUUUUAAUUUUUUAAACUUUUCAUUUAAUUCCUUUUACUAUAUGCGAUAAAUAAUUUGAUUUAAAUAAAAUCUAUCACUUACAAGGAAUAUACUUGCAAUUUAUUUUUGUACAGAAGUGAUAAGGUAAAAAUAUCACAGAAUAAGCAGAUUAUAAAGUUUAAAUAUAUAAUUAAAUAAGCUCUUAUACUCUAUAAUAUUAAAGAGUUGUGAGUAUUUAGUUAUUUACAUUUUAAACAAUCUCUGUCCAGCUUUCACAUAUGAAAAUCUCGGUGUAUACCUUGUAUGAAUAAACAUGUAUAAAAACGUCUUAUUUCUUAA